CAGGUCACUUUCAACAUGGAGAGUGGAGCAGGGAGGCACUGGACUGAGGAGGAGGUGAAAGCCCUGCUCAGCGUCUGGGCUGAGAAAAGCAUCCGAAAGCAACUCCAUGGCACCCUCAGGAAUAAAGGGAUCUUCAUUUACGUUGCCAAGAGGCUGCAGGAGAUGGGCAUCUGCAGGGACUGGAAACAGUGCCGUGCAAAGUAUAAAAACCUCAAGUAUGAAUAUAGGACGGUUAAAUACGCCCACCACUCAGGGGAUGCGACCAAGACCAUGAAGUUCUUCCAUGAGUUGGAUGCCAUAUUGCAACAUGAGCCCGCCACUCAGCUCUCAGAGGAAGACAACAGCAGGUGCUCAGCCCAUGAGACCAUAAGGGCCACCACCAGGGAGAACAAUGAAGGUGAAGUCUCAGUUACACUGGAAGAUGAUGAUGACGCUCCUGCAAAUCCACUACUUUUUAUUUCCCGCUGCAGACCCAUUCAACUUGGUAAUACAUAUCUGUGUCUUUCUCCUAUCCUACCUGAUGCAGGUAACCCAACCACAAUACUUGACUCAUCCAAAAAUGUGUCCUUCAUACCAUCUGUAGCAAAUGAAGGAGGAAAGCACUGGACUCUUAAUGAAGUCAGAGCUCUAAUACGGGUAUGGUCAGACAAAAGCAUCCAGCAACAACUGGAGGGGACAGUGAGAAACAAAAGAAUAUUUGAACACGUUGCUGCUAGACUCCAAAAGUUUGGAAUUGACAGGGACUGGAAGCAGUGCAGGACAAAAUAUAAAAAUCUAAAACACGAAUACAAAAGUGUUAAAGAUGCCCGCUACUCAGGCAACACAAACAAAAAUAUGAAGUUUUUUAGAGAACUGGAUGCUAUUUUGGGACACGGUCAUGUGGAUAAAACAAGGAGAUCAGAUCAUAACAACAGCAGCGAGGAGCCUACAGACUGGGUUGUAAGGAGGACAGAAAAGAAUGCUAAAGGUACUGGUGAAGAGGACUCAGUCAGUAAUACAUCAGGAGACCUGGGGUUUGCAGACACAAGGAAAGCAACAGAUACAGUAGACAGAGAUAACAACACAAAUGGCCAUGUGGAAGAACAAAUUAGCACACACUUGAAGGAAGAUAUAAAAGAAGAAAUUACUGAUUUAGUGAUUCCUGAAGAUGGUGAUCCCAUUAAUGAUGCUCCAGAAGUUAUAGAGUUCCCACAGAUAAAACAAGAGCCAAUCGAAGUAGAUGAUGAUUCUAUCAGCACUGCCUCAGAGGACGCGCCUGGAUUCUCAGUGUAUAAAGAGAUACCUGGGAUAGACAACCGAAUGUCCUUGGAUGAAGCACAGACUCACUUUAGGGUUGUCACAAUUAAUGACACAGGAACAGGAAAGCACUGGUGUGACAAUGAAGUUAGAGCUCUGAUAAAUAUAUGGUCCAACGAGGAGAUUCAGCAAAUGCUCGAAGGAGCAACAAGAAAUAAAGAAAUAUUUGAGGAGAUUGCAAGACGACUAAUGAAAGUUGGAAUAGACAGAGACUGGAAGCAAUGCCGCACCAAGUACAAGAACUUAAAAUAUGAAUACCGUGCACUUCAGAAAGAAAAUGAUCAGCAUGGCAAUGCAAGAAGAAAAAUGCGUUUUUAUGAUGAGAUUGAUUGCAUUCUGAAAAGCCAUCCCUCAGAGACAGGAACAGAAGUUACCACAGAUACAUCACUGAGAGUCAAGAGAAAAUCAUCUGAAGAAGAACCUUCGUCUAUUCAGUUUAAGAAAAGUGCUUCUGAGAAUAUAGUAGUCCAUUCACAACCAUGUAUACCUGACACCAUGCAUACGGUCAUCAAAAACCGAAGGAUGCCUUUCGAGAGGUUUUACAAGCAGGAAGAAAUGCAGGAUAACAACAGAAUACAAAUGAAUGACAUUCCUCCUUCCGCACAACAGGCGCCUCAGGCUCCUGCUGCAGCAGCUAUGGCUCCUAUUCGCCCUACAGAACUUAAACUUGGCAAAAAAAUAAAUGAGGGGAAAACAAAGGAGGUUUAUGAAUUGCCCAACAUCCCUGGAUGUGUGCUUUUACAAUCAAAAGACCAGAUAACAGCUGGAAAUGCAGCUCGAAAGGAUCUCAUGGAGGGGAAGGCUGCAAUCUCAAAUACCACAACAUGUGCUGUCUUUCAGUUGCUUCAGGAAUCUGGAAUCAAAACUGCAUUUGUGAGAAAACACAGCGACUCAGCCUUUAUAGCUGCUCAUUGUGAAAUGAUUCCAAUUGAAUGGGUUUGCAGGAGAAUUGCUACAGGCUCUUUCCUGAAAAGAAAUCCUGGUGUUGAAGAAGGCUACAGAUUUUACCCUCCUAAAAUUGAGAUGUUUUAUAAGGAUGAUGCAGCAAAUGAUCCACAAUGGUCUGAUGAGCAACUCAUUGAAGUGAAGUUCCGGUUUGCUGGCCUUGAAAUUGGACGAACUGAAGUUGAUAUUAUGGCUCAGUCUACCCGAGCUAUUUUUGAAAUACUUGAGAAAGCAUGGCAGCCCCUGAACUGUACUUUAGUGGACAUGAAGGUUGAGUUUGGUGUUAGUGUGGCUACAAAAGAGAUUGUUCUUGCCGAUGUCAUUGAUAAUGAUUCUUGGCGGUUGUGGCCAUCUGGAGACAGAAAACAGCAGAAAGACAAACAGUCAUACCGUGAUCUCAAAGAAGUAACCCCUGAAGCACUGCAGAUGGUGAAGAGAAACUUCGAAUGGGUGGCCGAAAGAGUGGAGAUGUUGCUGAAACCACAGAGCCAGGGCAGAGUGGUUGUGCUUAUGGGCUCAACUUCAGAUCUUGCUCACUGUGAGAAAAUUAAAAAGGCCUGUGGAAGCUUUGGCAUUCCUUGUGAAUUACGAGUGACUUCUGCUCAUAAAGGACCAGAUGAAACACUAAGAAUCAAAGCUGAAUAUGAAGGUGAUGGCAUUGCUACGGUGUUCAUAGCAGUGGCUGGGAGAAGCAAUGGAUUGGGACCUGUGAUGUCUGGGAACACUGCAUAUCCUGUCAUCAACUGUCCUCCAUUGUCUGCAGAUUGGGGUGCUCAGGAUAUAUGGUCAUCACUGAGACUGCCCAGUGGUCUUGGUUGUUCCACAAUUCUUUCACCUGAAGGUGCUGCACAGUUUGCUGCUCAGGUUUUUGGGCUGAAUAAUCACUUUAUUUGGGCCAAGCUGCGGUCAAGUAUGUUGAAUACAUGGAUCUCCUUGAAGCAGGCUGACAAAAAGAUAAGAGAAGGCACUGCAUAGAAGAUUUCUUGAUGGUGUACUAUUUCUUAGACAAGAACUCCUCUCAUAACAGAAACUAACUUUUAUAGUUCUUUUGUCUGAUGUUUUUGCAGAGGUGGCGUUUUUCUUCCAGACAACUGAAGACUAACUGGUUUUUUGGAAGCUAGAACAUCAUAUUACUCUAAUAGAAUCAUUUUCACUGCUCUGUACUGAUAUAUAAUCUUGUUGAGAAUAUGCCCACUAGUGAUUCACCAAAACUUUGUAUUCAAAACUUAGCAAUAACAAAUAGAUUAAAAUAAUAAGACCCUAUUCUGGAAUGUAAUUUGGCAUGGUAUUUGUGGACCUAUCUGUGCUGAAGAGAAAGAUAUCAAAAAUAAGUCACUACAACUGAUAAUAAAAACAUAUUUCAAUGUUG